AAUCAUUGAUUCAAUGGGAAUUAUGACUUAUGACUGAUAAAAUUUAAUUAAACAAAAUAGUGUAGUGUGCAGAAGAUUUAUUAAGGUUACAAUAGUGUCAAUAUUUUGAAAUUUUAAAAUUAAAUGAAAUGAGCGAGGAAAGUAGUAUUAACGUUGUAAUUAAAGAUAAUUCUCAAUCAGAAGCAGUAAAAUAUGACGAAAAAUUGGAAACAGAUUCUCAAAAUGAUUUAAAAGAAAAGUUGCAAAUAACUCAAGAGUCCGAAGAAAAGUCUGGCGAUUGUAAAAAUGAAAGUUAUGAUUCAAAAAAUGUUCAUUAUGAAGGAGAUUUAGCUAUUUAUACAGAUCCUAGUACUAAUACUCAGUACACUUGGGAUACAGAAAAAAACGAAUGGGUUCUAAAAAACAAUGUCGAAUAUGGUUUUGAAGAUGACACGCACGUUUAUACGGAUGCUGAGGGUGUCAAAUAUUUUUGGGAUAAGGACAAAAAUGCAUGGUUUCCAAAAAUUGAUGAUGAUUUUAUGGCCAGGUAUCAAAUGAGCUAUGGAUUUGUAGAUAAUACAAAUAUUAUGGUUAAAAAAGAUGUUCCACCCCCAAAAGUUGAAGAAAAAGAAAAGAAGGUCAAAGGAGAGAAAAGAAAGGCAUCAGACCCAACUUGGUUUGAAGUAGAUGAAGCUCAAAACACAAAUGUUUACAUUUCUAACUUACCAACAGACAUUGAAGAAGAAGAAUUCAUAGACUUAAUGCAAAAAUGUGGUCUAGUCAUGAGAGAUCCACAAUCUGGACAUUUUAAAUUUAAAUUAUACAGAGAACCUGGAACUAACCAUCUAAAGGGAGAUGCUUUAUGUACUUAUAUAAGAAUAGAAUCUGUAGAUUUGGCAUUAAAAUUAUUAGACGGUUACGAUUAUAAAGGACAUAAAAUCAAAGUUGAAAGAGCUAAAUUCCAGAUGAAAGGGAAUUUUGAUCCUAAACUUAAACCAAAAAUGAAAAAGAAAAAGGACAAAUUAAAACUUAAAAAACAACAGGAAAAAUUAUUUGAUUGGAGGCCAGAAAAACCAAUAGGCGAAAAAGCAAAACAUGAAAGAAUAGUUAUAGUGAAGAAUCUGUUUGAUCCAAAUAUAUUUGACACAGAUGUUGGACUAAUUUUAGAGUUCCAAGAAGAUCUUAGGGAAGAAUGUUCGAAGCAUGGGGAGGUCAGAAAAGUACAAAUCUUUGAUAGACACCAAGAAGGAGUUGCUCAGAUCAACAUGAGUAGUCCUGAAGAAGCUGAGCAAGUAGUUAAAGUAUUAAAUGGAAGAUGGUUUAUGAAAAGGCAGUUGACUGCUGAAAUAUAUGAUGGAAAAACAAAAUUCAAAAUUGCAGAAACGGACUCUGAAAUAUCCCAAAGGUUGGGUAACUGGGAUAAAUUUUUGGAAGAAGGUGAAGAUGAUAGUAAAAAAGAUAAAACUGAUAUUAGUGAGAGUAAAUCAAAUGAAGAAUGUAAAGAUAGUUUAUAAAUGUAAACAAUAGUAAGGUAGCUUAGAAAAAUGUGCACAAUCUGUUCUCAAUAGUGUGAAUAUUUUUAAAACAUUGUUUAAAGAUUCAUGUAUAGUUAACAUUGGCUUAGUGUAGAAUAUUCAAUUAUUUACCCAAUAGAAACAUGUUAAAAUCAAAAUAAGUUACAAAUAAAAC